UAUUUUUGUGGCACAUGGAGAAUGCAUGCUUGGAGUUAAACAGAACAAAAGGAACAAUGGAUAAUCCCGAGGCCCAGGUUGCUGUGAACUGUGAUCAGUGUGAUAUCAAAAAGGUACAGAGUUACUGUGACAUUUGUUUUGUUAACCUCUGCAAGGCCUGUGUGGGGGAACAUCUUUCUAAUUUAUCUUCAAAGCAUAAAGUCGUUCCGUUUCAGCAGCGUCAAUACACAUUCGAUCAGUUAAAAUUUCAAACGGAAUUGGAAGAAGGUGAAAGUUAUGUGUAUCCAAGGUAUAAAGAAAUGGAAUCCGAAUUGAGAGCAUUUAAUAAGAAGAAAGAAGAAAUGAAAGGGGACCUGGAAGAACUAGAGACCGUUCUUUACCCUCAGUACAAAGAAAUGGAAUCAGAGAUACAUGAAGAAAAAUCAGAGAUAGAAAGUGAAUACGAGACAUUAACAUCAGCGGUAACCCAACAAGGCGAAAACUGGCACAAGGAAAUCGAGUUGAUCGUCAACAAACAGAAAAGUGAAAUUGACGAAAUGAAACAUAGACAUUUGGCGAUCUUGGAAAAACAAGAAGCUGAGAUUACAAGACUUAUUAACGAACUAGAGCAAAAAGUUGUGUCUGUAAAAGAAACCCUUGAUUCCAAUAAUAUUGCAGUAACUACUUCCUACAACUCCAUUAAUGAUAGACUUAGAGUAUUACCUGUAAAAGCAAAUUGCUCGUUACCAACGUUUACCCCUAACACAAUAAAGGAAGAGCACAUUCAUUUGAUUCGUCAAUGUUUUGGUUCUCUAACUACAUUCUCCGUUCUAUAUGAAAGGGACAUACAGUCAGCAGAAGAGGUACACUCCAAAAAUGACGAUGUCUUCAGUGCAGAUCCUCAACUUAUCACCACUAUCAACACAAAACUUACAAACCUUCACAACAUUACCUGUUUUAAAGAUGAAAGCGUCUGGAUAAGUGGAGAAGAAAGUCUAAUAAAGCUAUAUAAUCUAAAGGAUGCCUUGGUGAAUGGUUUUCAAACCAGAUCAGGAAAUGCACCUUAUGAUAUAGCUGUGUCAAAAAGUGGUAACUUAAUCUACACUGACCGGGAUUUUAAAGCAGUCUAUAAAGUAAUUAAUGAGCAAAUAAAGGAGCUUAUCAGAUUCAGGGACUGGACACCUUACAACAUAUGCGUUUCCUCAAACGGCGCCCUUCUGAUCACAUUAGGGAGGAACAAGAAACAUUCAAAGAUUGUGCGAUGUAAAGCUUCAGUAGAAACACAGACAAUUCAAUAUGAUACACACGGCAAACCGCUUUUCUCUAUAGACAGUUUUACAGUGUACAGUAAAUACAUAUGUGAAAAUAAGAACCUGGAUAUCUGUGUGGCCGACAGUAAAGCACAGGCCGUAGUGGUGGUUAACCAAGCUGGACUCUUCCGAUUCAGAUACACUGGACACCCUACAGCUGGUAAAAAGAAAAGAUUCUGUCCCAUUGGGAUCGCUUCUGAUUCUUACUGUCAUAUAUUGACCACAGACGUUAAUGAAAACCGCAUCCACAUCUUAGACCAGGACGGCAAAUUCAUUCGUUAUAUUGAUAACUGCGAUCUUCUCUGCCCUUGGGGCUUAUGUGUAGACAUCAAGGAUAAUCUCUUUGUUGUUGAAUGUCACAGCAGCAAAGUUAAGAAAAUUAAAUAUUUAAAUUGAUACAAGAUUUUAACAACGCCUGAAUUGACCUAUUUUCCUGAAGACGCAACAUUUUAGUGCCUUGAGUUUCCUUAUAAACUUAAUCAUAUGCAUUAUAAACAUCUAGAGCAGAUUACAUUUGCC